GGCGGAGCUCACCGGAAGGGGCGGAGCCGUGAGGGGAACGGGCCGGUGGCGGUUGCUCUGGGGCUGGCUGGAGCCCUUCGGCCCAAUGGCUGCUCUGAAGUAUGCGGGGCUGGAGGACACGGACAGCGAGGAGGAGCUGCCUCCCGGCUGGGAGGAGCGGACCACCAAGGACGGCUGGGUUUACUACGCUAAUCAUCUUGAAGAGAAAACCCAGUGGGAGCAUCCUAAAUCUGGAAAGAGAAAACGCAUUGCAGGAGAUCUGCCAUAUGGGUGGGAGCAAGAAACAGAUGAAAAUGGACAAGUCUACUUUGUGGACCAUAUAAACAAAAGGACUACAUACCUUGAUCCCAGACUGGCAUUUACCGUUGAAGAUAAUCCAAUGAAGUCUACUACUAGACAGAGAUAUGAUGGAAACAGUACUGCAAUGGAAAUCCUUCAGGGUCGUGAUCUGAGUGAAAAAGUGGUUAUAAUCACUGGAGCGAAUUCAGGAAUAGGAUUUGAAACUGCAAAGUCUCUUGCACUCCAUGGUGCCUAUGUCAUUCUUGCCUGCAGAAAUAUGUCGAGAGCCAACAAAGCUGUACAAUGUAUCCUAGAGGAAUGGGACCAUAGAGAACACUUCUAGGCCAACAUUAAGGAGGGUCAACUUUUAGCCAGAACCUCUCUUCAGGUAUCCUUGGAUGUUGCAAAAAUGGACAAUAUUUGACAGACCUUAAAGACAAGAAUGAGAGAUGAUGAGAAUGUGUCAAGGAACUAUAUGGUGAAGAUAUUCCUGAAAAGCUCAACUAGAGAUGAAUGAGGUAAACCUGCCAAUAAUGGAUGAAGAAAUCAUGGCAGCAAUAAAAAGUAUGUGAAUGGAAAAGCACUAUGUUGUGAUGGUAUACUGGCUGAAUUGUUUAAAAGCAUAGGGGUUGAAAGUUUGUAAGUCCUGUCAGAGGAAUGAAGAAUAUGCUUGAGACAGCAGAAUUUCCAAAAGACGUUACAACCUCACUGUGUAGCCAAAUCCCCAAAAAGAACAACUCUAUGGAUUGUAAAGACUACAGAACAGUCAGUCUAACACUGCAUGCCUCUAAGAUACUUUUGUGAGCAGAAUACAAGGAAAGAUUGAUAAGGAAAUAAGCAAACAAUAUGGCUUAAAAUGUGGAAAGGGCAUACUAAAUGCCAUUAUGAACUUGAAGCUCAUAUUAGAAAGAUCAAUUGAAAUCGAGAAAACCGUAUACUUGUUAGGUAUACUUUUAUUUGGGAAGUCAUUCUUCUCAUACAAAUUACUUAAUAUAUUAAGAUCUGUAGGGAUUGAUGGAUACAAACUGAGUAAUAAAAUAAUUUAUAUUGGAAUCAAAAGGCGAUUAUAAUGGGAAAUUGAAAUGAAAAUCUAGUAGGGAUCAAGAGAAGAGUUAGGUUUGUAUAAUAUCACUGACUUUACUCAACACUUGUAGCAAGUUUAGAUGAAAUUAAGCAGAAGAAGGUAUUAAGAUGAAUGGAAAAUGGAAUAAUAUUUGCUAUGCAGAUGACACGGCACUGUUGGCUGAUUCAGAAGAAGGUCUGUGCAGUUAGUGGAGAUUAUAUAUUCAUAUGACAAAGAGUAUGGUCUAUCUAAGGUCAUAUGUGGACAAGUCAAAAACCAUGGUGGCAUGCAAGGAUCCUAGAAAGACAUGCAAGAUUAUAGUGCAUAACAUAGCCAUACAGUAAGUGAGACGUUUUUGCUACUUAGGAAGCAUCAAUACAAAAGAUGGAAGAUCAGAUACUGAAGUCAGCACCAGAAUAGCAACAGCGAAAGAGACAUUCUGGAAGAAUAAACACCUGAGGAGAAGGAACAUAAAUCUGAAGACUAAAUUCCAACUCUUAAAACCUUGCAUUUGGUCUGUGUUAAAUUACAGCUGUGAAACAUGGGGAUUCAAACAAUCAAUCUGAAAUUAUGAUGUCAUAGAAGAACUUUAAAAAUAUCAUUGAUAGAGACAUGUAAUGAAAAAGUAUUGGAGAUUAUUGGAACUCAGCAAAUGCUAGUCAGAAAUCUUAUGAAAAGAAAGAUUUGAUUUGCAGGGCACAUUGUAAGGGCUUCAGCUGGUGAUGCAAGUUUACGGGUACUGGAAGGGAAAAUUAAUGGAUGAUGUGAUAUGCUGGAUGAAUCAAAAGGACUAUUCAUCCACUAAGAGAUUAGUGGAGGGUCGUAUGGAAUGUGCUACCGUGAUUGCAAACCUCCUUUAGUGGAGAUGCCACAUAAGAAGAAAAAUCAUUUCUGGAGCCCAGUUUUUUGAAGAAGGUAUUUUGGAUUAAAGCUUUCUCUCUCUUGGGCCUGUAAAUUCCAAAUACUGUAUUUUAAGGUUUGUUUUUUCCAUAGUCCUAACUGAAAUGGAAGCUGCCUGUUUUCUUUGUUGCAAUAACACCAGUGGAAUAUCUAAAGGGCCCACUAGAAGAUUGUAUUUGUGUUGCUUUUAAAUUUGGCUUUAGAUUAUCUUCCAACAUCGCUGGAUUUUUGAGUAGUCCCUCUUUUGAAUUGGUUUGUUCUCUUUCUAAAUGUCCAUAAGUAAAUGUAAUUAAAUUAUUUCAACAGAAGAGUGAAAUGACAUGAAAUAAUGGUGAGUGCCUCUUACAUAUAAUUUGCUUUGCACAUUUAAUUUAAAAAGUACUUUUCCAGAAGUUAUCAAAAGUCAGUGAAAGCAACAAUUGUUUUUAGUACGUUGUACAGACAACAAGAGUACCAGACUACUUGUGUAAGUACAUAUAUUACCUCACCGAAAGUUAAUGCAUUGGUAAUUGAAUGAAGAUUACUGUCUUGGUCAAAUUACUUAAAAAAAAAACCACUACAUUUAUUUACUAACAGUUCUCAAAUUCUAAUUGUUCAGAAUACAAUCUCAUCUGUAAACUAGGUAGCUGGAGAACCUUCAGUGCAUCUUUGUAAUGGCUUUGUUGUUUAUUGAGAGGCACUAAUUAAAUUUGAUUAUUGCACUAAUAUUGUGGCAUUUUGACAGUCCCUCAGAUUUAUGACUCUGGGAAAAUAAACAAAUGAAAUGCAGGUGCUGGAGCAGAAAGAAUAAGUUAUUACUGAACUUUAAUUACUUGGAGUGUGUAACCAGGAGAGAAUUAGUUGGCGAAUUACAACAUGCUUAAAAUUUACAUCAAAUUGUAAGCAAUCUUGAGGAGAAUGGGGGUGGGAGAGAGAAAGAGACACAACACAGUUAUCCUAAAUAAAAGGGGGAAGAUAAUUUGUAAUUUGUAAUACUUAAGUAGAUAAAACAGCUUUUAAAAAUUCACAAAUCUAAUGGAAAUCUAAUGUUUUUUUCUCUGAAUAUUGUCUAUGAAUAUUUUCAAUAAUUAAUUUUAUCUGAUUUUUGUUGGAGACACUGCAUGUGUGAUAAUUUUAGAAAUUUAUACUACUGCUUAUGAUACUCAUAUAAAAGUCACAAAUGUACCAUUAUAACAACAAACUUAGUGUGUUUACAAGAGUAGCAAAUAAGACACAAACACUUGUAACAGAUCUAAGGUUUUAGAAAAAUGUUUGAGAAAUAGUGUGAUUAAAGAUUUGUAUCACACAACUCAGUCAACCUGUGGAACUCAUUGUCAGGGGAUGUUGUGAAGGCCAAAAUUGUAACGGAGUUAAAAAAGAAAUAAAUAAAUUCAUGGAGGAUAGGUUCAUCAAUAGCUAUUAGUCAAGAUGAUCAGGGACACAACCCCAUGCUCUCUGUGUCCAUGUGCCUCUGACUUCCUGAUGCUGGGACUGGACGACAGGGCAUGGAUCACUGUUCUCUUCAUUCCGUCUGAUACAUCUGGUAUCAUCCACUGUUGGAAGACAGGAUGCUGGGCUAUAUGGAUGAUUCAUCUGACAUAGUGUCACCAUUCUUAUGUUCUUUUGAUACGAAUGCAUAUUUGGGCAGAGUUAAGGUUGUGUGUUCUUCCUUAAGAUUCACAUUUCUUACUUUGAGUAUUUCCCUUUGCAGCCUUUACAGUCUGUUUAAUGUAGGGCCAAAUACUAAGAGGUCCUGAGCACUUACAACUUCUAAUGAACCUGAGAAGUAUUCUGCUUAUUUUAAAGUAAUCAGGAAUGUUUAACUACCCGGAACAUGAUUAAAGAAACAAAUAUUUUUGUUUAAAGUUUUGAUUCUCUUGUAUUGACUUGUUAUGUAUGUAUUGCAUAUCUAAACUUUUUAUGGGAAAAAUAUAAUUCUUGUUUAAAAAAAUGUGAAGACCUAUUAUGAUACAGAAUUCAAAGAAGUAAGUUAUGAAGUACAGUAUGAUUAAAUGAAUUUAUGAGAACAACCUGAGUAAAGCCCUUAACUUCUGGUGUGUUUGAUUUAUGAGAUCAUCAUCAAUAGUGCCAUAAAAUGUAGGUUCCAUUAGUAUUAGUAGAGAGCUAGCUUUUUUUGUUGGUGUUAGUUUUGUUACUACAAAAGAAUCAGUUAUUGUAACACAAAAAUCAGCUUUAGAUUAUCUCUUUUUAGUUAAUGUUGCAAUUCAGAUAUAAAAGUAAGCUUAAAAAAAAAUCAUGUGGACUGAAAAAAACUUGAUCUAAAGGAUUUGAGGAUAAUACUGAUGAUAUCCAGGAAAACAAGGUUCGUCAGAUCAGCAGUUGCAUGCACUGUAAAUUAAAAAACCACAGGGGAUGACUUGGCUGGUUGUUGAAGACCAAUGUAGAAAACCAUGAAUGUUCUGCUAUUUAUGUCCAAAAUGCUAUUUUGUGAGGACUUGGAUACCAACUCUGCAAUGAUCACACUUGAAAACUUGUCAGCUACAUUAGGGAACGGUAACUGCAUAACAUUUAAUGUUGUACUUGCGGUAUUCUACUUACUUCCUAUAGUAAAGUAUAGUGAAGUUUAGAUAGUACUGCAAAUACAGAAAUAAUUGUCUUAUCUGGAUACCUAAAGCAACAACUUUUCAAGUGUGGCCAUUGUAGCUUUUCUUUUUUAAAACCAAAAGAUAAAAAACCAACAACCCCAAACCCACUCACAUUUGACGGAAUAGUAGUGGAGUAUGUUGGUAUGGACUGAGAGAUAUAUUGUAAAGGAAUCAAACCAAAGACAGACAUUUGUUGCUUUAUAGUAGAUGUCUUGAAAAUGAAGUUGCCCAUGCACGAUAAAGCUCAAUGUCAGUUUAAAACUGAGUUUGAUAAUUUCUUACUCAGAAGAAAGGAAAUUGGAAUUUUAGAGCUAUAAUUAAUUUUAAUCAUACAUUGUCAAACAAAUCUCUCCUUGAGUAGUGGAAAGGCCCUAAAGCAGCCAAGAAAGAAUAUCAAUACUUUGCAAAGGAGGAAUGAUUGUUCCAAUUCGCAGCUUAAUUGACUUUAAAGCUUAAUGAAAAACACUACGGUGCUGUUAGUACACAUAGUUGCUCUGAUGAACAUUGAAAUCUAUGCUCCAGAAAGAGGAGUUAGGGAGCUUUUUAUAUUGUAUUAUUGAUGCAUUUUUCUAACUGAGUGUAAGCAUAACAGUUGGGCAGAGCUACAUAGCUCCAGAUGUUAACUAUAUUCUCAAGAAAAUUCUUCAAAAUGUGGAUGAAUAAAAUAUCGUGCAGCCUUUUGUGUUGAGAAACUUACAUGUAUUUAUUCCU